AUGCAGGUGGGGCUGAUCUGCGGGGCCGGCGGCUACCUGACUGCUGGACGCUACGGGGAUGGGGUCACGGCCUUGGGGAGCUCGCUGGGCAAGAAGCAGACCUGGAAGCUGAAGGUCACCACAAAGCAAGGGGAACAAACCGUGGUGGAGCUGAUAGGGCAUCAGGGGCAACCCCUCUUGGUGGAUGCCGAUGGCACAGUCCGGUGCGCUCCGCCCGUGUCUGAGCAGCAGAGGCAGUUUCUGCUGGAGGUGCACCCAAGUGGGGCGUGGACCCUCCAGCACGUGCACAGCAGGAAGUACCUGGAAUCUGACGGAGAAGAUGUCUUCUGCAUCACCCGGGGCCUGGCCUCCUACCACAGGUGGAUGCCCCAACUAGCCAUGCACGUCCACGUGGUCUUAUUCAACCCGAGCGCUCAGCUCUACGCCCGAGCAGAUCCCGAGCUGAAUCGGGUCUGGGUCGACACGCCGGUGCCUUACCUCGAGGAGUGCAGCUUUAUCCUGAGGUUCAGGAGCGGGGUGUACCAUUUGGAGACCUCCAACCGUAAGUUUGUCUCCAGAUCAGAGACGCUUGUCACGAAGCCAUCCGCAGAGACGGCCUUUCACCUGACUCUGACGCCAGGAGGCCUGGUGUUCCUUGCAGAUAGGGAGGGACGUAUCCUGUAUCCGCAUGGCAGUCGUGGGCUCCUGUGCCUCGGAGACAACCCUGCUGAUAAUGAAGAGUGGUUUGUUAUCCAGAGGUGUCCACAGUGGGUCAGUCUGAGGACGAGAACCAAGAGAUACAUGACCAUCAUAUGUGAUUCAGAAGUUUAUGCUGGCUCCAAGAAGGUGACCCCGAUGUCUGUCUUCCACUUGGAAGUUAACUCCGGUGCCAAAACUGUGCAGUUAAAAGGCAUCAAUCACAGUUACCUGGCUCAGAGAGAGUGCAAGAGCGUGGUGGCCGAUGGCUGCUGCAGGGAACCAGAGACCAGCUUCCACGUUCUGUGGCAUUACGGGAAAACCUUCCUGCGAGCUUGCAAUGGCCGCUACCUGGGCACGCUUCCUGUUGGGUUGGUGGUAGCCAGAGCUGUGCACCCAGGGCCCAACGAGGAGUUCAGACUGCGCCUCGCCAACCGCUCCUUUGUGAUGCUGCGCGGCCGGUACGGUUAUGUGGGGAGUUCCGGUGGCCACCGGGUCCUGCGGUGCAACCUCCUGGAGCCAGACUGCAUUGAGCUGCUGCCCUGCAAACGUGGCGUCUACCACCUCCAGACCCGUGGCAAAAGCUUUUGGUCUCUGACUUCAGAAAAGACAUUUAAGACUUGGGGGAAGUUUGCCUUGAAUUUCUGCUUGGAGAUCCGAGGGAACAACCUUCUGGCUAUUCUUGCCCCCAAUGGGUACUACCUGCGCGGGGACCGGGAAGGUGCCCUCGUGGCUGACAGCGAGGAAGUGACUGGUGAGAGCAUCUGGGAGUUCUAGCUCUAGGAAGGUAACGGGGCAGAGGGCAGUUGGGAGGACCAGCUCCCCGCCCCUGGAGGUGGCCAGUGGAUCCCUUUGGGUCUUGAUCUGCCCAGCUCCCUUAGCAGCCACUGCAGAACGAUCUCUGUCGGUUAACAUGGAAAACUUGCCUCGAUACCUGGAUGU